GCAUCAGUACCACUCCCCCCCCUUACCUCCUCCUCUCCACCCCUCGCUCCGCUCCGCUCCUGCUUCUUUUGCGCGCUGCGGGGCCACACUGCGACCGCACCGAGGAAGAGGAGGAAGAGGAGGAGGCGACGACGGAGGACAGGCGCCAUUUCCUGAGCAUAGCAGCACAGUAGGAUACGAGGAGGAGCAGGAGGAGCAGAAGAAGGAGAAGAAGGAGCGGUAGAGGAGGAGGAGGAGGUGUGGAAUAAAGAGGGAAGAAAAAAGCAGCUAAGCGGCAGCGGCAGAAGACGGAGACGCGUCACACCGCGCCGCGCUCUUCCUCUCCAUCAGUUCAGUGAAGUGAAGACCACAGAGGAGGUGGAGGAGGAGAACCUGAGCAGGAGUUCGGACACGAAAACGAGUAGAGACAGGGUGUCGGAAAACCUCCCCCCUCCCACCACCUCCCCUCCUCUCCAGCAGCAGGGCCGUAUCUCUGUUUGUUGUAGCAGCAGCAGCCAACGCGGCGCGGCGGCGACACCAUGAAGGACCGCACAGCGGAACUGAGAAGCGCUAAGGACAGUGAUGAUGACGAAGAAGUGGUGCAGGUCGACAGGGACCACUUCAUGGAUGAGUUCUUUGAACAGGUGGAGGCACACACAGGCUGCAUAGAAAAGCUGUCUGAGGACGUGGAGCAGGUCAAGAAGCAGCACAGCGCCAUCUUGGCUGCACCCAACCCUGAUGAGAAGACCAAGCAGGAGCUGGAGGAUCUCACAGCUGACAUCAAGAAAACAGCCAAUAAAGUGCGUUCAAAAUUAAAAGCUAUUGAGCAGAGCAUUGAACAGGAGGAGGGCCUCAACAGAUCAUCAGCAGAUCUUAGGAUCCGUAAGACACAGCACUCGACGCUGUCGCGCAAGUUUGUGGAGGUAAUGACUGAGUACAACACCACGCAGUCAAAAUAUCGCGACCGCUGCAAGGACCGCAUCCAGAGACAGCUGGAGAUCACUGGAAGAACCACCACCAAUGAAGAGCUGGAGGACAUGUUGGAAAGUGGCAAACUGGCCAUCUUCACUGAUGAUAUUAAAAUGGACUCCCAGAUGACGAAGCAGGCGCUAAAUGAGAUUGAGACCAGGCACACGGAGAUCAUUAAGCUGGAAAACAGCAUUCGUGAGCUGCAUGACAUGUUCGUGGACAUGGCCAUGCUAGUGGAGAGCCAGGGGGAAAUGAUCGACAGAAUUGAAUACAAUGUGGAACACUCUGUCGACUACGUGGAGCGAGCUGUUUCUGACACCAAGAAGGCUGUGAAAUAUCAGAGCCAGGCUCGCAAGAAGAAGAUCAUGAUCAUCAUCUGCUGUGUCAUCCUGGGAGUGGUCCUGGCAUCGACCAUUGGUGGCACACUGGGAUUCUAAGAGGCUCCACCCCCUGCCGCCGUGAUGACUGACAACCACCACAUGACUGACCGACCUACUACGCGAAUGACCGACGGACGCCAGCAGAGAAAAUACACACCAACAACGACAAAAAAACAAGAAAAAACUUGAAACACAAAUGCAAGACAAAAAACAUUUAGCAAAGAAGCUAAGCUAGGCUAGGCUAUGCUAAAAGUCCAGCCACAGAUACAUGGAAACGUGACGGGGUCGGGUGGGGUUCAAAAGUAAAAAAAAAAAUCUUCAAAUCGUAGACGACUAAAAGACAUCCAAAUUACGGCGAGGAUGAGCCAACAGUACCAUACAUUUCUGAUGUUAGCUAAUGCUACCAGAUAGCACCUCACGACGUGGCUUUACUUUUGUGUUUAGUUGUUUUGAGUUCUUUUUGUUUAGUUUUGUUUUUGAGGGCAGUGACACAGCGUGGUCGGUCGAGGGUGAUAUUCCAGAAACCAACGUUCGUGUCUGUUGCUACCACAACCUUAAGUUUCUUCACUGACGAGUGUAAACAAAGUAGCUACUCCAAACUGGUCUGUACCCAUGUGUUCACCAGCCAGUAAAAACAAUACAAAC